AGUUCGUUACGGAAAAGCUCAAAAUAUAAUCAAAACACUUCCAAAUACUUAAACAAGAUUACGCAUUCGUGGCAAUUAAUUCAACGACAUCAUCAAAACAUCAUCGUUCUGGUGACAAAAUACCACAAAUAAACCACGAAGGCAGUAUCAAAACGCAUUAAAACAACAUGACCACACUUCCGGAGAUGAAGGUCAAUCACAGCUUAUCAAUACCUUAUCGCAUUAAAUUAACAGUGAUUAUAUUGCAAGCCAAAGCAUAGACACACCUGCUGUGCUCUUUAUGGGGACAAAGGGUUAAAGAGGAUACAAUGAACAAAACAAAAUAAAAGGUUAUUUGAGUCCAUCUGCCAUUUCCGGUCGCACAAUUAGCUAAAAGGACAAAUGUUUAGACAAUGUUUUAUAACGCUUGUUGGCGAAACGGAUAUUCAUCAAUUUGAAUGGCGCCAAACCAAUUUCCACACUGACGAUGUUUUUUUCCUUUCACAUUUACCGCUGACGGUUGCGACAGUCUCCAACUAAAACAUAUUAAAGUUCACAACUAAUUACUAAUUAAUUAGUCUCCAACUAAUUACUAACAUUUAGCUAACAACACGAGUACACUCAUGACAAAUGACUCUAUUUUCGCGGUAUUAAUUGAAGUUUUCUCCUUCUUUCGUCAGGUUAACCACAAAACUGCGGCAAUAUCUGAAGACCAUUGUCUUAAAUUAUUGCAUGUAAUGGUCACUGAACUUCUCUAAUGACUACUGCCUACAUUCAUUCUAUCUGAAUCCUUUUUUUUUUGGCGCUGAUUACAGAUAUGUUUAACCGUGUUCUAUAAAGUGCACAAUGGGAUCUAUCGUUGUUUGUUCUAACAAGAAUAUUUUUUUGUUAUUUCAGAUGGCAGCAAAACACGAGAAGGGUGAAGAUACAAGCUCUUCUGACGAGGAAGAAGCAGGCAAAGAAAUACCUCAGCAUGACGCAGAUACCAUCGAAGAUCAACAAGAAGUGCGCUUGCUAGACAACACUUCAAGUUGCUUGGAAAAUUCUAAUCAGGACGACGACAACUAUCCACCCCCAGGAUGGACUACAUCCGGACGAAGGAUCCAACAAUGUAAAGACGACAUUCCUACUGGGAUUGGAGAUGACGAUGUUUGUACGAUUGAUCUUUGCGAAGAAGAAGAAUGCCGUGCUGCACAGGAGAACGAUUAUGUGGACCAACUGACCGAUGAUAUCAACGUUUUCAUAUCUUUAUUGAUUAUUUCUUUAUAUCUAAGAGCUCUAUCUAAUAAUUUUUACACUCCAGAUUUUUCGGAGGAGAAAGAACAAUGGCCAAUUCUGACAGGAACGCAAACUUCACAUAUUUCAAGAAAACUCUGUCUUCUAUUCCCCUCGUUGCUGUGCAUUGAUGAACAGUGCAUCUGUUUGUUUCAGGGGCAGGACAGGUUUAUGAGCACAAACUGGGAUGAUCUGAUGGCCACAUUUUCUCAAUUUCUGAUAUUGGACCUGGAGGUGGCUGAUGAUACACCUACCUCGCUAACAAGAGUUUUGGCACAAGUCACCUUUGAAAGCCAACAAAUACGUUCCUGGCUUUUGGAUUCAUCAAUUAAAAUGGAGAACCACGAUGCGGACCAACUGACCGAAAAUAUCAACAUUUUCAUAAUUCUGUUGAUUAUUUCUUUAUAUUUAAGAUAUUUCUAA